AUGCAGCGCUCAACGCGUCACCGGCACGCACCGCCCGCUGCUGCCGGGACAGCGGAGGAUGCAAUCGUGCUGUCUUCCCUCAAGAAAGACUCUCCGCCUGUGCGCAAGAGGCGGGAGGCGGCCGCACGCAGCGCACAGCUCACCGAUCUGUUUGACAGCCUCUCGGCUGCGGAUGCCAGGGCGCAGCAGGGCACCGAGCUCGGUGAGGAUUUUGCUGAUGACCUCGCCAAUGAGGGUGCGGAAGGCCUUUUCUCGGCAACGCUGCUCUCGCGGCGGCCGCCGCUCUCGACCUCAGCGCCUCCCGACCACGCGGCGAAUGAUGUUAGCAGCUCGUCGACUGGAGGAUUGGUUCUUCGAAGUGGCGGGGCUGCUGCGCUCUCCACCAACACCCAUGGUCUGCCACGCCCGUUUCACGAGCAGGCACUCGCCGUGCGGUCGGUGGAGGUCACGGCCAUUGAGAUGCAGCGGACACUGCAGCAGCUGCAACAUGACCUCGCCUUCUACGCCAAGGGGCGCAUCGAGGCAGAGCGUGAAGCCGGCGGCCACUUGGCUUCAGCUCCCCGCCACCGCCCAUCGAGUGACUCGGAGUCCGUCACCCCACUGCAGAGUGAGACGACGGCUGCGCCGCAGCGCCGCAUGGCCAACCCGGAUGUGCUCUCCGAAGCUGCCCGCAUUCAGCGCGCUCGCGCCGCCGCAGCCGAUGAAGGUCUCUCCGAGGACCAGUCUGUCGAGGACUACGGCGUCGACUGCGAGGUGCCACGGCUGACGUCGGACAGCCGCUUGGUGGACGAAGUGGCGGCCAUAGCGGUGUGUAUGGCGAAGAUGAAGGACUCCGCCCAAGCCAUGCACGACGUCGAGGCUGCUGCGCCGAGCGCGUUAAUGGCGCCAUGGUGGUCCUCUGCGCUGCACAUGCGGGACAUGAAGGCGUCCGCGGCCCGGCUUGACUACCAUGCCCACACCGCAUUGAACUGGUCGCACCGCUCGAGGGAGCAGCUGCUCCUGCAAGCGGUCAUGCUCAACAACGUGUCAGUGAGCACGCGCAAGCAGCUCCUCGAGCAGCAGCAACACUGGCAAGAGUUCCAGACUCGACUUCGCGAUGGCCAGCAGACCGUCACGCAGCUGCAGGCGGACAUCGCCCGAUACCAGGCGCGUGUGCAAGCUGAGAUGGCGCGUCGUGCUGCCCUGCAGGAGGAGCUGCGCCUCCGCGCGCAGGAGAGGGGCUUUGUUGACCCUGGCGAGCGCAACCCACUGAAGGUAGAGCUGGCGCUGCUGCUCGAGGAGCGCGAGUGGCCCUCUCACACGCUCAAGAGGGAUGCCAGGGUUGUGCUGGACUGGCUGCGGUCCGUCUCAACUACUCUCGAGUGA